AUGAUUAUAGAUCGAAUGGGCCAGAAGGAUCCAGUUUUAGAGGAGGAAGUGAAGUUCCGGUAUAACAGCGUCAUUGUGCAUUACAGAAAGUCGUUUAUACAAGACAAUGCUCAGAGGGUUUCACCCCUAAGCUUUGAACUUGAGGCUACAUUAAAGUUGGCAAGAUUUCUCUGCAGACGAGAGCUGGCUAAGGAGGUGGUGGAGUUGUUGACAGCUGCUGCAGAUGGAGCAAAAUCCCUGAUUGAUGCCAGUGACAGGCUGAUACUGUAUGUUGAAAUAGCUCGGCUAUUUGGAACUAUUGGUUAUUUCCGGAAAGCUGCCUUUUUCUCCAGGCAGGUGGCACAAUUGUAUUUGCAACAAGAAAAUAGUUUGGCUGCCAUUAGUGCCAUGCAAGUAUUGGCAAUGACCUCUAAAGCAUACCGUGUUGAAAGUAGAGCAUCCAUUGCCAAUCAUUCUAUCCUUGAUGGAUUUGGAUCAACUCAUGCUGAUGGUGGGAAAAUGCAUCACCACUCGAUAGUUUCACUAUUUGCAUCCCAGUGGAGCACCCUGCAGAUGGUUGUAUUGAGGGAGAUUCUUCUGUCUGCCGUCCGUGCAGGAGAUCCUCUUACUGCAUGGAGUGCAGCAGCACGUCUUCUGAGAUCUUAUUAUCCUCUAAUCACACCUGCUGGGCAAAAUGGUCUUGCAAGUGCACUUGCAAAUUCAGCUGAGAGGCUCCCUUCAGGAACCCGCUGCGCUGAUCCUGCUUUACCUUUUGUAAGGUAUACAAUGAAGAUCUUAUCUUUGACUUUGGACAGCCAUCAAGUUUUGUUCUGUAAUGAUUACAUUGCUUGUUUUUAAAACUAAGUAAGGUUUUGUAUUGAGAUUCAUAUGAAAUGAUAGGACAGACCUCUAAUCGAGGAUGAUGAUCACUUCUCUGGUGGAAGCUGAAACUUAAUCAUCCAAUGAGCAGCCUGUGAUCAGGUUUUAUUACCAAGGAUCUUGGGUGCAUGCAUAUAUUACCGAAUGUAUACAUGUACAUAUUUUACUUUAGGUUUUGAGUUUUAGUUUGGAAUUUUUAUGCAUUCACACAUACACAUGCUCAUAUGUAUCUUUGAGCUAGUAGGACACAGUUCUAAG